AUGCUUUCAGUGGACUGCUGGGAUGGACCGGAAAAUGAUCCAGUCAUCUACCAUGGUCACACUCUCACCUCAAAGAUACUCUUCCGAGAUGUCAUCAAAGCCAUCAAUGAAUAUGCCUUCAUAACAUCUCCGUGAGCUGACCUUUAAUCAAUCUUUAAACUAUUUGGAAGUUAUAUCAGCUGCAUAUUAUGUCAUGAAGAUGUGGUUUUUGCCAAGAGAAAUAGAGAGGACUAAUUAAAAUAGACAAUGAUAGGAAGGGAGGGGAAAAGAUGGAAGAAAAUGUGAUGUUGAAUAAUAUACUACUAUGACUAACUACUUUUCUCUGAAAAAACAUGCAAACUAUAUUUUUUAAAAAUGUUACAACAGAAAAUUUCUAUUAAUUUCAAAGGUAAGUUUUAUUUAGGCCUGUAUGGUUUGGUUUGAGAAGCUCUAAUGCUUUUAAAUAUCUCUGUUUUGUGGCAGUGUACCAAUGAAAAACUUGAUGCCCAAUUUUAAUCUUUUAAUCUCAUGUCAGUUACUAAUAAAUUAAUCUAACAAAAUUAGUAUUCAUUACCAACCUCAACUUAUAUUGGCAUAACAGUUAAAUAGAGGAACGACCGAAUUUAUGAUGUGCUUAUUUUCAGAUAUCCAGUCAUAUUAUCCAUAGAAAACCAUUGUUCUCUUCAACAACAGCAAGUCAUGGCUAACAUAAUGAACUUGACAUUUGGA